GAUCAGAGCCAAUUUUCCAACUCGACUUGAGCCAUGCUGGGCUAAGCUUCAGCUUCAGACAUGCCGGUGCCCAAACCCUUCGAUGACAUUGACGUUCCGGACGACUUCGUCUUACCAGAAGGAAACGUUGUCCGCGGCCAGCUGCUUUUCAAGAAGCAUUGUGCCCAGUGUCACACGAUCCGAAGAGAUGGGACAAAUCCCUACGGCACUUUAUUGGGGCCCAACCUCUAUGGUGUGAUGGGCCGUACCGCAGCCAUGAAUCAAAGAUCAGGCUGGGCGAAAUAUUCCACUAAGCUCGAAUCCAGCGGCAUCCUUUGGACCGAAAGGAACAUGAUGGCAUUCCUGAAGAAUCCCAAAGCGUUUGUGGGCGGUGUCAUCAACAUGAACUUCCGGGGCAUUGAGAGCUGGCAGGACCGGGUCGAUUUGAUCCACUACCUGCAGAGAGCUGGUCAUGAGUCAUGGAUGGUGCAGGAUGGUACUCCUCACACCCAGAAGCAAUGGUGGACUAGGGGUAUCUCUGGACCGACCCAAAGCUACUGGGAGGUCAAUGCUACCAGUAAGCAGCUGAAACCCUGGCAGCAUGCAUGGCGAAGUGUGAGCCAGAAGGUGGAGGAUACAAAGAGACAGGUAUGGCACAGUUUGGGCAUUCUUUCAGCCGGUGAUGACAUUGAGAAUGAAGUUGAGGACAAAGAGAUCUCCACUUGGAGAAGAUUGCAGAAGGUAGAAAACGCUGUGAUGGCAGCCUCGAUGAAGCGCAGUUACAACUGGCCGCCGCCAGAGGUCAUCCAGGAAGGGCCUCAAAGAAAGGUGUCUCCGGCACCCCCUCCGGCACCGCCUCCUUCUGCAUUUGAAAAGACUGAAGUCCCUUUGCCGUCGAAUGUCGCAGCAUGUGAAGAGCGUGCUGCUGUGCCACGCGGCACUAGGGCACCUUCAAGUCCGAUGGUUGGCUACCAUCAAGCCCAGUCACCAUCAGGGCCCGCUCCUUACGUCAGAGUCAGCGUCAGAGCAAGCGAGAUCGACGGAUCACAACGCAGGUUCUCGCUGAGAGACGAGUCGCGACGCCUGGAGAUGGCUUUGGAAAAUUGAUCAGUACAGCCGGGUGAGGGUGCUAUCUAUCGCUGCUGCAUUUUGAUGGAGACCAGCUUUGCCAAAUCUGGCCUGAGUUGGUCCGGUUGUGUAAAUAGUUAGUGGCAUCCCAUGGCUUUGUUGCUGAAGUUCCAGACAUUGUACAUUCUCCGUUUGUUCAACAUCCUCAGCAAGAAACUCAUGGAAGGGCCAGUUCGGACGAAGCAUUAGGCCUUUGUCCCCAAUAUGUUUUCCUUCCAUGCAGCUUUCGGAAUCGAAAGGCUCUUGGAGACUUGGAGACUAGCCAAGUACCAUUGGAAAA